AUGACUAGCUAUGCAGCUCGUAACGCUGGCAAUCCUAGUCAAGAUUACAACCUGUUCUUUUCAAACCAGCACCUCGGCAUCUCGCAGUAUUCCAAUGGGGACGGCCUGAACUAUCUCUACGGCAAUGGUCAGGUUCAAUACCAGCCUGUUGGCUCACCAUGUUCGUCGUAUUCACCCGCCUACUUGCCAGGUCAAAGUACCCCAUCAUCUCCGCUAUACAUGCCUAACACACCAGUCCUUGCUCUCCAAUACCAGAAUUUGAGAGCACCCACUCUUCCUUCUCAGUCUCGGCCGCUUUCACGUCCAUACUACGCUACCACCAGCUCGGGGGAGAGAAACGUGGGGGCGCAGCACCCUUGUUCGACUCAUGAAGCGGCGACCAUGGAGAUGACAGAGGAACAACAUUCUACGAAUGCCGAUACUAAGCUUUCAGAACCUAUAUUGCCUCCCUUGCCGGGUUUUCCCGAUGUCCACGAGUUUGACGAGUUGAUGAAAAGAUACGUUGAUGAUCUCUCCCCCAAGAAGCAAGACAAAGCUUUGAUACACGCGAGCAGAGCAGCAAACAUCAAGUCAGUUCUCAUAGACAAGAAAACAACGACCAUUGAGUCUGCACAAUUCCGAUUUUGGGUCAAGAAGAUGUUCACACUCCAGCCCAACGAUCCCAGUCUACCAGAAAAGCGAAAAAAGAUCUGCCAUGAAGGGAAACCUGUAGCUGUGCGUGAGAAGCUAUUCAAAAUCCUCACCAAAGCGCAUAAGCAGUGUCAGCAUGGUGGUCGAGACAAGACUUCUGCCCAUGUCAGGCGUACAUAUUCAUGGCAAGUCGACGGGUCAAGCAAAUUUCCAUUUCCACGACUGACAGGCUUGUUCAGGGUUCCAAAAGAGCUCAUAUCUCGAUUUGUCAAACUAUGUCCAACCUGCCAGGUGCGACGAGGGCCGAACCGAAACUCCCCCCCUGACUCUGAAAGAAGCCCAGAGGUGAUGACAGAGGCCCAAUCCCCAGACGUUCCUUCAGGGUCAUCUUCGAGAAGGAACACUUCCACCCACAGACAGAUCCCUAGCAGUGAGAACUUGUCAUCGCAAGCUGGCUUCGCCACCAGUUCGACUUUCGAGCAGCAGAAUCGGUGGAUGACCCCGCUUCCUCCACAAGAUGUUAGUAUGAGCCGAACGAGCCAUCUAACCCUCAAUAACAACUUGAACUGCCAUGAAGGCUACAGUAUUAUUCCACCUAUGCCUAUGAAUUGCACCAACGCCACUCCGCCUGGCUUAUCAUUCUCAUCUGUGAGCCCCUUUGUGAACGGUUCCACAGCAACUGCAGCUUUUACUACUGGCGCUUCUUACAAACCGUCUCGUGGGCAUCUACCACCGGCUCAUAACUAUGGAGCCAAGCUAGAGCAAACAUUCAUGUGA